AUGAGACGGAGCUCAGGAGAGAAGUAUGAGUGGUUAGGGGAGCGCAGGCGGAUCAGCACCGAGAGGGAGAGGUGUGAUCCUCAGAACAGCUAUAAGUAUUGCUAUAAGAUUCCGGCAUUUCGGGGUCAAUACAACAGGCCAGUAGCAGGGGUUUACCAGUGGCCCCAACAGUUAGGACUGCAGGGCAACCCCAUGCUGAAGCAGGGGGAAGGUUUCGAUAGUGGAGCCUUAACAACCAAAAUAGGAGGUGAAAGCGUCAUAUGGCAAGAUGUAGUGGAUGCCGUGCUGAAAGAUGCUAUAGAGAGUAGUAAGAAUAAGAAGAAUAAUGCAAAGGAGGACAGCUAUGUGGGGAGGACCGAGACGAGAUUUUGGAAGAGUUUCAUAAACCAAGCAUCUGGGAGACCGUGUGAUAAGUCAGCCGACUGUCAGCCGCUGUUAGGGUUCAUUGGUUGCAUCAUAUCCUGGAUCUGGAGCCAAGGGUCAAGACUAAUCAAGACAGACGAGCAGGUGUGGGGAGGAUGUGAGAAACUAAAACACCAAAUGAAGAAGGAGCAGGAAGAUGUCGUAAUAGUAGGGGAUGAGAACUGGACACGGCUGCAGAGAUCAGGCGAGGUAUGUCAAGCCAACAAUAACUUCAGCAAAUGUAGUGUGGAAUUCAUAAGUCUAAUAGUGACAGUGGCUAGUUCUCUCAAGAAAUUAUGUCCCACCUGUCCUCAGGUGGGUUUAGACGAUCUAUUCGGGGACAAGAUAGAAUAUGGGGAGAACAGGUGUUUCGAGUGCCCACCAAACAGGAACAAGUAUGAGUUCUGCGUGGCAGUCAAGGAAUGUCCGGAGGACGAGCCGUCAGAUGGGACAAUUUGCAACUGUGAUCCGUCGCAAGUGAGAGAUCACGUAAAUGAUGGAGAACAAGCAACCACAGAAGAGCCAGGCGGAGGAGGGGCCACAAAUUCUGAGCCCCAAAAGAAAAAGCCAGAGGGAACGAAACCCACCUCGGCCAUAGAGGAGCCCAAAGGAGGACUCGGCGACAGCCAUCGGGAUCCUGGCGUUAACAGACGACUAAUCAGGGCAGAUUUGGCGUCCCAAACCCUAACAGGCGAACCGACACUGAGGGGAGAAGGAGACAGGGACCCCACCGGGGCAGGACCUACUGGGGAGAACAUCGAAAGUCCUCCCUCCCACGAGGAGCAGGAUAAGUUGACCCGAGGCGCCUUGGGGAAUAAGAACGGGGGGGAGGGUUCGAAAGUUAACGCAACAGAACUAGGCAACCCACUCUCGGGACGAGACGAAUCGAAUAGGCCAGAAAUGGACGAGGGACAGGGGAGUCACCCCAAAGGGCCACAGGGGAGUAUGGUGGGUGGAAUAAUUGGAAGUGUGGGAGUUGCUGUAAUGUUUAUCAUGAGUGCUUAUGGAGUUUAUCGGAUAUAUGGGAGAGGCAACAGGCGACAGAAUCUCAUGAAGAACCCCCCCCAGAGGAGGAGAGUAGCCUAUGGGGCCAGGUAG